UGCACUGCGUAGUCCCGCGUGACAAUGAAUAGUCUUUGGAACCGCAGAAGUAUUAUUAUCCGAUGGCAACUUUAUCAACUUGUUGCCGGUUUUCAAGCGGCGGGUGAUUUGUGUCGGUGUCUACCAUUCAGAAGACCAUCAGCAACCCUGCCAAUACUGAUGAAAGGAACUUGCGCUCGAACACAUGUCCUGCUACUCAACACUCUCCCGAAACGAGAUGCCAGAUCCACCAUGCCUGGCUUGCCUAAAGGCAAGGUGUGCGCCGUCCCGCAUUGUCGUGCACAUAUCGACAGGCGUCGCUCAACUCCUUCUCAGAAUGCCAUUGAUAUCGGUCAGGACAACUGGUAAAGCUUGAGCAGCCUGGAAAGAACGAUCCGUCAAGGAUCAAACUACAUUUCUGAUACAACAUCUCAAUUAGGGAGUUGGAAAACAGUAAGGGAGCGAGGGAACUUAUGCUUUAGGCAGGAGAGCUACCCAGAGUUAUCAGAGCCGCAACCGCGUAUCAUUGUCUUGAUGUCGACAUUCAGCAACGCUCUUGGCAGGUGCCCU